AUAAACAAUCGUGACAAAUUGCAAAUCAAGAUGGCAGCCUCCAGGACGGCAAGAAUUGGGUUAUCUUUUGACAAAUUUGGUUUACAAAACUCUUGGUUUCUAGUUGAUUUUUCUAAGCAUGGAAGGAUUGAAGAUGUAUCAAAUGAAAUCAAGAAAGACUAUUUCAGUUGCAAUAAAUACAAUGAACAUGAUAUUGUAUUGAGCAUAAAUAAUUUUCUUUUGCCACCCUCUGCAAGUUCAGAACUUUUCAGGGAAAAUGAUGUUGUGUCAGUAAGGUUAGAAUGUAGGGACAGACAUAAAUCUUCAAAGCACAAGAAAAAGAAAGAAAAGAAAAGAAUAGAUGAUGAAGAAGAUCUUGUGCAGAUUCAGACAGAAGCUUGCCAGUAUAGUACAGAAAGACAUGCAUCCUCAAAACACAAGAAAAAGAAUAAAAAGAAAAAAAUUGAUGACGAAGAAGAAUCUAGCCAGUGCAAUGAAAAAAAGAAAAAGUUGAAAGGAGAGAAUAAAUGCUUAGACACAACAGAACAAUCUCACUACACAACUUCAUUAUCAAAUAAUGAAAGGAUAACUGAUAGAAGAUUGAAAAUUGAUGUACAAAAUGAUGGCAAAAUAAAUCUAAAGCUUGUGAAAAAGUCAUCAAAAUCAGACUUGAAACAUUCUCUGCCAACGAAUGAAGAUACUGAAGUUGAUUUAGACAGUGAAAUGAAAGAAGGCACAGUGGACAAUAUUGAAGUAAACCAUACUGAUGGAGCAACACAAGACUCACUGGUUAAUGGUACAGAUUCGUCACACAGUGAUGGGUCUUUAGUCAAAUCAUCAAGAAAAAGGAAACGAAACCGAAAAAGAAAAGGUGGUAAAAGAUUUAUUCAAGAAAAUAUGGUGAAUAUGUAUGAUAAUUCAAGAAAGUUUGAUGACAAUGACAGCUGUCAGACCUAUAAAGGAAGGGAUGUAGAAUUAAAUGAGAAAGGAUUCUAUGGUAACCUUCCUGAUAAGCUUGAACCUCCAAAGUACUAUCGUCAUGGAUACCGGAACCUCAAUACUUACGAUGUUGAGCCAAAUAAACAUAUAAAGUUUGGUGAGGAUACUGAACAUAAAGAGACAGAUGAAAGCACAAAGCAGUAUAAUUUUUUGUGCAAGUCUCGUAAAACUUCUUAUGAAACUUUUAGUGACCAAAAAGAUUUAUCCGCAACUGAAUGUGACAAUGAAGGUGAAAAACUGGAAAUUAAUCCAGCUUUAGCUCAAAAUGAUUCCGAGGCAUUUCAAACUGAAAAUGAAACUGUAGAUUGUUUUAAACGAAAUCAGCAAUCAUCUGAAAAUGAAAGUUUUACGGCCAUGCCUUUUCAUUAUAAUGGCUCAACACCUGACAGAUUUGAUACAAACACUGACAUUACCAGAAAAGAAAGUGGUUCUCUGGAUAUGUGUCCUGUAUCAUUAGAAAGAAAGACUCUGUCCAGUGGAGUUUCUGUAUUUGUUCGGAAGAGGUCCGGUCAAUUUCCCCCAAGGUCUGGUCAAUUUUCCCCUUUGACAGGGUUUUCCAAACAAGAACAGCUAGAUACCAAUCAGACGAACGUUUCUACUGUCUUUGUAAAUUCAUCCCAUGAUGCAGAGUUCAAGGUACCAUCAAGUCCAGCACCAAGACUCUUUCCUAAAGUUUCCAGUCCACUAGUGAAUGGCUCAGUGACAAGUGCAGUUAACCAAAAUGGUUUUGAUUUUGAUGGAAGUAAACCUCUGGUUGGAUUACCAGAAGUUGGAGAUAAAAUUGCUUAUAAGGUGCUUGAAUUAUCUAACAGUUGUACACCUGAAGUAUCAGGAUAUAAGGUUGCAGAAGUUUUGAGUGUAGAUGACAAACAGAUGUUGGAACUGAAAAAUUUUUAUCAGUCAAAUAAUGAAGACAAACAAUUAACUAAGUUUCAUGUUGAGAUAGAAGAUGACAAUGAGAUUCUGACAAACACAGAGAAUAAUCCCGAUGUUGUAACUUUACAUUACAGUUCUCUACUGGAGACUAAAAAACUUGCCAGUGAUUAAAAUCUUCAAUACAAAAUCAGACAGGAAGAGAAAAAAAACUAACAAACAUCGAAGUGUCUGCCAAUAUGAAACUAUAAAAAAAAAUUAUUUUGACAUCAAUAAAAGCAAUUUUGUAGACAGA